AUGCCUUGCAACUGUCAGUAUAAAAGAGCUGACAUUCGCCCACAUGACACAGUUCAGCUUCUGACGCAGAACAAAGCUACAGUUCUCAAGAUGGUGUCCAAAGUGGUGUUCUUUGCCCUCCUCCUGACCUGUGUCGUCGCCAUGACCUUGGCUGGCCCAGUGCCCGAACCGGAACCGGAACCAGGCUACGGCUACGGCGGAUAUGGCGGUUUCGGUGGAUUCGGCGGCUUUGGUCGUGGCGGAUAUGGCGGUUAUGGUGGCUACGGUGGUUAUGGUGGUUAUGGGGGCUAUGGUGGCUACGGAUGGUCAGGAUAUGGAAAAUGAAGAAACGUCUGGCAACCCUUCCAUUGAAGAGAUCGAUGAGAACAGCAGAUCAUCGUUCUUCCUUCAUCAUCAUCUCUGACUCUUUUGGAUAAAGGAUGUAGAUCAUAUCCUAAAAGUAUUCUUAUCUCUUUAAUAAUAACUACUAUAUCUUUGAAUUGGAAUUCUCUCGGAUAUUAGCAAUUUACAUCUGUUUUUUCCCCAAACAAAAGAUUUUGUGAUAACAUCCAAUACCAAACAAGUAAAAAUAAAGAAUGCAAUUCA